UUCGAAACAUAAAAAAACAUGGAAUCACCACCUCCGAAAUUUGCACUUCCGGUGGACUCAGAACACAAGGCGACUGAAUUCAGGCUAUUCUCAGUGGCAGCACCCCACAUGAGAGCAUUUCAUCUAUCAUGGGUCUCUUUCUUUGCUUGUUUUGUGUCUUCUUUUGCAGUUGCACCGCUCGUCCCAAUUAUACGUGACAACCUCAACCUCACAUCCACUGAUAUUGGCAAUGCAGGGAUUGUAUCAGUCUCUGGUGCAGUCUUUGCCCGGGUUGCCAUGGGAAGUGCCUGCGACUUAUUCGGACCCCGCCUUGCCUCUGCUUCACUCAUUCUACUCACUGCACCGGCGGUUUUCUGCUCUUCCAUUGCCACAUCUCCUACCUCUUUCCUCCUAGUGCGUUUUUUCACAGGCUUCUCCUUAACAACUUUUGUCUCUACUCAAUUCUGGAUGAGCUCUAUGUUCUCUGCCCCAGUGGUUGGUACUGCCAAUGGUGUUGCUGGUGGCUGGGGGAACCUGGGUGGUGGAGCAACACAACUGAUCAUGCCCUUGGUGUUUGGGGUCAUCCGUGACAUUGGUGCAGUCAAAUUUACAGCUUGGAGAAUUGCCUUUUUUAUUCCUGCCCUUUUUCAAACAUUAUCAGCAUUUGCAGUUCUUAUCUUUGGUCAGGACAUGCCUGAUGGGAACUACCAUGGCCUGAAGAAAUCUGGAGAGAAGGCAAAAGAUAAAUUUUCAUGGGUUUUCUAUUAUGGGUUCACAAAUUAUAGAGGAUGGAUUCUAGCUUUGACUUAUGGUUAUUGCUUUGGGGUAGAACUGGUAGUGGACAACAUAAUAGCAGAGUACUUUUAUGAUAGAUUCAAUCUAAAUCUCUCCACUGCAGGAAUAAUAGCAGCAAGUUUCGGGUUAGCAAAUCUGUUCACUCGACCUGGAGGAGGGAUUCUCUCAGACAUAGUGGCAAAGAGGUUUGGAAUGAGGGGAAGGCUAUGGACCUUGUGGGUGGUGCAAACCUUGGGAGGUGUUUUCUGCAUAAUUAUGGGGCAGGUGGGAUCUUUAAGUGGAUCCAUUAUUGUGAUGAUUGCUUUCUCUGUGUUUGUCCAAGCUGCAUGUGGGCUUACAUUUGGAGUAGUUCCUUUUGUCUCUCGAAGGUCAUUGGGGGUUGUUUCCGGCAUGACAGGAGGUGGCGGAAAUGUGGGCGCAGUUGUGACUCAACUAAUUUUCUUCAGAGGAUCCAAAUAUUCAAAACAGACAGGCAUAACUCUAAUGGGUAUCAUGAUCAUAUGCUGCACCCUCCCAUUAUUCUUAAUAUACUUCCCACAAUGGGGUGGGAUGUUUUGUGGCCCAUCAAAAAAGGCGAAUGCAACAGAAGAAGAGUAUUACUUGUCUGAAUGGAAAUCAAAUGAGAAGGAGAAAGGUUUUCAUCUAGCAAGCUUGAAGUUUUCUGAGAACAGUGUAAGCGAAAGAGGUGGAAAAGUAGACUCUGUAACCAGGCCCUCUGAUGAGACCUCAUCAGCACAUGUUUAGCUACUGCCUCAAUAAUAGGUUGACUCUUGACUGUUCUGCCAAGAAGUCUCAAAGCUAUGCAAGUAAUAUAUGUUUAUUUCUUUCUCAUCAAGUUUUAGUGUGAUCAAGUCAGUAAUUUCAAGCUGUGAAAGCUAUUAAUAGCCUUGUAAUUCAUUUGCUCCAUGGCCUCAUAGAUAUUUAAGUUUGUAUAUGUUUUUCA